CUCUAUAAUUAUUUUCUUUCCAGUAUAUAAACCAAUAACCUCUUUUUCUUUUGCUCUUUCAGCACGAUGCAAUCGACAGUGCACGCGUUUUACUUUUACUUCUCGCUAUCGUUUCUGAUAGGCCGAUCCACAGCCGUGCUGCUCUUUGUGUCCUCGGUGAAUGAUGCGGCACGCGAUCCGCUGUUGCAACUUCUGCGCCAAGUGCCACACGCCGGCUACAGCGAUGAAGUGUCGCGGUUGGCCAGCGAAUUGUCAGCGGACAAUGUGUCGCUGAGUGGCCUCAAAUUCUUCAGCAUUACCAGGAAGCUAUUUCUGACGGUCGCGGGCAGCAUUGUUACCUAUGAGCUGGUGCUCAUACAGUUUCACGAGGAUAAGAAAUCAUGGGACUGCCACACGCAGCAGCCGCUUAACUGA